ACAUAAGCAAGAAAAUCAUUCUUCAUUCCUUUCCACGAUUUCCACCCCAUGGCUGGUAAUAUUCAAGGGAAUGUCUCUUUCAAAUCCGUUGAAAUUAAAAUCUUCAAGAAAAACUUGCUUCUUUUGUGGUGUCAAUUAUCAGGAUGAAAACAAAAGAAUUGGUAUUUUUGGUGUACCUAAGAACAAGUUUUCUAGUUGGCAAUUAAUCAUUCCAGAGCUGAAGCAAGCAUCGUUACUGUGUGAAAAGCAUUUUGAUGAGUCAGAUGUUUUAAAAGGAUUUACAGAUGGCACAGUGUAUCAUCCCUAUGGAAGAUGGAGAUUAAGUAUUUCUGCUGUUCCUCAACAUUUCUUGGGUAUAAAGGAAGCUUCUUCCAAAGUAGUCAAACGUACUCCUCUGAAACAACUGUUUUCAGUCAACACACAACAGAAGAAACGUGAUGGCAUACAAGCUAAAAUUUCUAGUGUUCAUUCUAUGUCCAACAAUCACCAAAACCUACCAUCACCUCUGGGUAAUGGAGCAAACAGACACAAACCAUUAAAAAGAACUGUUGGUACCGAGAAUACACCACCUAACCAACAUAACAAAAAAUUGAAACUUAUAAGCCACCAAGCACCUAGUCGUGUUUCUAAAAGCAAUACUCCAUUUCAAUCGGUUGCUUUACCAACCCUACAACAUCCAGAAACAGAAAUCAUUGGUGGCAUUGAUCUCAUGGAGACUGAUGAGCCUUUUAAUUUGCCAAUUGAGACUCUAACCACAGUAGAAGAAGACACUGCUAGUUGUGAAACUACUACUGCAUUUCAAUCGGCUGCUUCGCCGCCUCAUCAAGAAGAUGAAUCACAACUCAAUGGUGACAAUGAUCAUACAGAAACGGGUGAGCCUUUUGAGUUGUCCAUUGACAAAGAAACCACAGUAGAAGAAGACACUGUCAGUUGUGAUACUACUACUACAUCUAAAUCGGUUGAUUCACCCACCCUACAACAUCCUGAAACAGAAAUCAUUGGUGGUAGUGAGCUAAUGGAGACUGGUGAGCAUUUUAAUUUGCCAAUUGAGGCUGAAACCACAGUAGAAGAAGAAACUGUCAGUUGCGAUACUACUACUACAUCUAAAUCGGUUGCUCUACCGCCACAACAAGAUCCAGAAACAGAAAUAAUUGCUGGCAGGGAUCUAAUGGAGACGUUGAAAUGUGAAAAUGUGGUAACCAAUUUUUUUGAUAACGAUGCUCAUAUUUAUGUAACUAAUUGCUAUGAGGAAGUCAUGUCAGAGUUAUGUAAACUAAAUGUUUUGAAUGUUUGCUGUGAUAAACACGAAGAUUCCUUGCCCUAUUUAAUAAUGCAAUAUGCACAUAUUCGUUUUCACACAGAGUCUAAGCGAUUUCGAAACAUACAUCUGUCUAGUGAUCGAACGCAAAUGAAAACUAACAAAAAAUUGUCAAGAAUCCCAAAAAGUGCUGAAAUUCAAUGUGAAAAAGUCAAAGAAAAAGAAACAGCAAAUACAACGGAUAAAACUUAAA